AUUUUUUUUCCACCAGCCAUUUAUUGUGGCUUCCUUAGGCAUGCGGCUGCAUCUUUAGUAAGUAAAUGAGCAUCCUAUCUCCAAAAAUUCCAGGGCUCUCCAUCGCAGCAAAUCGUUUCAGUAUUAUGGUUCUCCUUCUCAACCAUUGUGUUUGCUCACAGGGAGAAGUUGUUAAACAAUUUGGCAAAGUUUGUAGUGAUCAUAUGGGUUUAUGUUGUGCUUAUAUUGACAUCCAGUUACACUGCCACUUAGCAUCAAUAAUGACAGUUAAACAGAUACAAUAUAACCCAGAAGCAAAGUACAUAGGUUUCCAUGGUGUAUUGGCCCCAGGAAAUUUAGAGAACUAUGUGAAAUCCGAAGGUUCUACGUACAAUUCGGUUGAAGAAUUUAACGAUGCUUUAUCAAGAGGAAGUGCUGUCAUUGAGGAAAUUCCUUACAUAAAGUACUUCCCGGCAAAGUAUUCUGCUAGUUACUCUAUGAUUAAACCCAAGCCUAUUACCAAUGGUUUUGGCUUUGCAAUCUAAUAACAGAUAUUAUGUUUAUGAGCCGCGUGGCAUUGCAAAUCAACUCGGCGAGAAUAAACCUUCACUUUGUUUGUGUCGACCAUGAGAAACGAAAUUUACUGAGAUACUGGUGCAUGCUCACACAAGACAAGCACUGAUCAGGCUGUAAAUACUCCACAGAGUUUGAAUCAUGAAGCCUUCCUUGAAUCAGAGGAUUGGCGACCUUAAGUCUUCAAUAAAAAUUUACUUGCUGCCGAAGGAUGAUACUGAUCAAGUGUUGAACCAAACAAUAGAGAAGCAGAAAUUAAGUUGGUCUCUUGUGUAUAUGGAGUUUCAAGGGAAGAAGCAAACCAUCCUCUGCCUGUCCUCUGUGACCUUGUUUAGCCUUCUAGGUCUCUUGUGUGCUGAAAUUGAUGGCAGUCCCAAUAUUGUUGUGAAAGAGGUUCAUGUUGGUGUGAUUCUUGAUAUGGGGUCAAGGGAAGGAAAGAUUAUUCUCAGCUGCAUUUCAACAGCCCUGUCUGAUUUCUACCAUCUGCAUAAUAACUACAGCAAAAGAGUAAUUCUGCAUACCAGAGAUUCCAAAGGAAAACCUCUACAUGCUCUAUCAGCUGCUCUAAAUCUUUUGGAUAAGAUCAAAGUGGAAGCAAUAAUUGGUGCACAAACAAGAAUGGAAGCAACCCUAUUGGCAGAGUUAGGAGAAGAAGCUAAAGUCCCUGUAUUGUCACUUUCUGGACUUUGUACUAGUCCUUUCGGUGCUCCUGGCGAAAAUCCCUUCUUUGUUGAGAUCACACAAGAUGAAACUUCUCAAGUUACGGCAAUCAGUGGCCUUAUUGAAAUGUUCAAAUGGAGGGAUGUCAUCCUUCUAUAUGAGAACACAGAUUAUGGGAGAGACAUCAUUCCAUUUUUUAUCAACUCCCUUGAAGAAGCAAAUGUGACUAUUGUAUAUAAAAGUUGCAUUGCUGCCUCCUCAGCAGAUGAACAGAUCAUUGAAGAGCUCCGCAACCUCACGAAGUUGAAGACAGCGGUAUUUGUGGUGCAUAUAUCACAUUUUCUUGUUCCUCGCCUUUUUUUUAAUGCAAAAAAGUUAGGCCUACUGAGUGAAGGGUAUGCUUGGAUUGUGACAUCAACUAGCAUGAAUUUCUUGCAUUCUUCCAUGGACUCAUCCGUAAUUGAGUCAAUGCAAGGAGUGCUCGGUUUGAAGUCUUAUACUCCAGCAUCAACCCGCCUCCACAAUCUUACUUCACGAUUGAGGAGGAUAUUUUAUAUGCAGGAUCCUAACAUAGAAGUAAGUGCGGUAACCCCAGAUGGAAUUUGGGCAUAUGAUGCAACUUGGGCUCUAGCUGAAGCAGUUGAGAGGACCUGGACUUCUACAGGAUUGAACCUAGUGAAUUUUAACAAUAUUACAUCCUCCAAACAUGGACUUCUGCUUCUUCAAGAGCUAUUGCAAAUAAGGUUUAAGGGUUUAAGCGGUGAAGAAAUUCAAUAUCCAAAUGGGAAGCUAGUUUCAAGUGCAUUUGAGAUUGUGAAUGUCAUAGGAAAAGGGGAAAGAAGGGUUGGAUUUUGGCCAUGUGAAGAAAAACGCACAAGAGAUUCCUACCCACUUAAUAACAGAAGAAAUUUACUUUCCACCAACGAUCUUGAAACAAUCAUAUGGCCUGGAGGAUCAUCAACCAUCCCAAACGGUUCAAAGAUGCAAUUGAUGAGUACUAGUUCUGAAAUAAAACUAAGAGUUGGCGUACCAGUGAGAACAGGGUUCAACGAACUUGUGCUUAUGAACCAUGAUACUCAAACCAAUCGAACAUAUUUCACAGGCUUCUGCAUAGACGUAUUCGAGGCUGCAAUUAGAGCAUUGCCGUAUGAAGUAAAUUAUGACUUUGUUCCAUUUGAGAUUGGCAUUAAUGCAAGUUACAAUGAUCUUGUUUACCAAGUUUUUAACCAGACAUUCGACGCUGUUGUUGGGGAUACCACGAUCACAUCGGAGAGAUCUCAGAAUGUUUGUUUUACAACACCAUAUACUGACUUAGGUGUGGGGAUGCUAGUAUCAAAUGAAAAAGAAGACAUGUGGAUUUUCUUGAGACCUCUUUCGGCAGAUCUGUGGAUCACAAGUGCGUGUUUCUUUAUCUUGACCGGUUUCGUUGUGUGGGUAAUUGAGCGUCCUGUCAACCCAGAAUUCCAAGGCACACCUUCGCAGCAAAUCGGAAGCAUAUUAUGGUUUGCCUUCUCAACCCUUGUGUUUGCUCAUAGGGAGAAGUUGUUAAACAAUUUAGCAAAGUUUGUAGUGAUCAUAUGGGUGUUUGCUGUGCUUAUAUUGACUUCCAGUUACACAGCAACUCUGACAUCAAUUAUGACAGUUGACCAAAUACAAUUAAACUCAAGAGGAAACUAUAUAGGUUACCAAUCACGUUCACCUACCCAAGGAGUAGUAAAGAACUUGAAUUUCGAAGGUCAAACACCCCUUAAUUCGGUUGAAGAAUAUGCUCUUGCUUUAUCAAGCGGAAGUAAGCAUGGUGGUGUCUCUGCUAUCGUUGACGAGGUUCCAUACAUUAAGAUCUUCCUUGCACACUAUCCUACUGGCUACUCCAUGAUUAAACCCGAAUCUAGCACCAAUGGUUUUGGCUUUGUUUUCCCUAAAGGUUCGAAAUUGGUCCAUGAUAUGUCAAUGCAAAUUCAACAAAUGAGAGAAGAGGGAAAGCUUAUAGAGAAGGAGAAGGUCUGGUUUCAGAAGAGAAAAAUUCUCAUGUUUGACAACACAACGAGUGAUCCCAAUACUCUAAACUUCCAUACCUUUCGUGGUUUAUUUCUCGUUACUGGGGUUUCUUCAGCUUUUGCUCUUUUCAUAUUCAUAAUAUUCCCACUCAAAGAAAAAUGGUAUGCCGUGAAGAAAUACAGAUUUAGAUAUUGGGUUCGAGAAAAGCUGCAGCAUGUAAGGAAGUUCUUCUCUCACAAAGAUUCCAAUGAAAACGAAGAAAACCAGUAGACAGAUAGUGCAUGAAGCUAAGUAUAUUAAGGUAUGUAGAACUAGAUAUUGCUCCCCAUUGUA